UCGUUCCCCCGAGGGUCAGACUGACGCGGACCCUACGCGGGCUGCCGCGUCCUUGACAAGUGCCUGUCUGCUCAGCUCUGUUGACACUUGUCUUAGCUGUGGCGGCCUCAGCGUGGGGUCUUGUUGGAGUGACUGGAAGAUAGGCCAGACCUGCAGUGUUUUGAAGAGUGCAUACAUUCAGGAAAUUUCUUAGCAUGCCUUUUGCUUCGAAGGUUCUGAUGUUGUCUUGUCCUCAUUGGUCGAAAGAUUCCUGCCGAGCCAUGCAGGUUAUGAGAUGGAUUUGCACUUGAACCGCCGAGCGGCACUGCUGUUGUCUGUGGUAAUUUCGUGGCAAGGCGGCCAAGGUGUUGCAACGGAGGUAGAGCGCCAGUGUUUUGUGUCAAGGCUCAAAUCAAGGGUAACCUAGAUCCUGCUUCUCUCUGUAAGCGAUAUCUAACUGGACAGGAGCUCAGCCAUGCAGACACCCCCACAGGCUGUCCCACCCAGCGUGGUGGGGCCGCCUCCAGCCGGGAGCCCCUCGAGCGUGUUGUGGCCAAGCAGCCCGUACCGGAGACAGGCGCCUGCCAGCACCCCAGGAGCUGCAGCAACUCGCCCGCUACAGCCGGUGACGGACCCGUUCGCGUUCAGCAGACAGGCACUGCAGGGUGCCUCACCGGGCGGCGCGUCCAGGAGCAGCCCACCUGUGCUGCCGGGCCCAGCCCCUCCAGCGUUUCUUCAGCACCCUGGUCUACCUGUGUCUCACACAAACACUGAGGACAGCUGCCAAGGACCACAAGAGCUUCUGCCGAGACCUCUGUCCCAGCUCCGGCCAGGGGCAAGUCCCUUUUCCAGCGUGCUGACCCCCCCAGUGCCACCCGGGCCCGAGAUGAGCAGGAGGGCCGAGGUCGCUUCCAGCCCUGAGCACCACACUCAGGCCCAGUACAUUCCAGCAGUGGGUCCAGAUGCUGGCUACGGGAGCCCUCUGCAUGGGGGCCCUCUGCAUGGGGGCAUGCCUGGGCCCGACAGGCCCCCGAGCGGGCAGAAUCCCCACGACAGUGCUGCAGCCCCAACGGCACCCCCUUUCUUCUCUCAGCCUCGCCAGCAAGUGCCAGGGCAGUGGGGGCUCGUGCAGGGAGGCCCACAGGCCUUGAGCCAGCAUUAUCAGCCCUGCCCAGAAGGGCCUUUUCCAAAUUCAGUGCCCCAGGUCUCUGGCAUGUCCCACUUCCCUGCUCCGCUUAGCCUUCCUCAGGGUCCUGACCAUGAGCAGCACAACUCUCCCAUCACAGGACCCUCAGCUGGUGACAGGAGAGAGGAGGCAGCCUGCGCGCCAGGUGGAAACCACUCAGCAAGUAACUUUGGUCUCGACGGCACACUCAGGCAGAACACCAGGGCUGGGAAUCCUCGGGCUGGCUGGGAGGUCCGGCCAGGCCCCAGGGUGAAUAGAGAGCAGUCGGCAGACCCUGCCCUUGUGAAUCCCUUUGCUCAGGGAAGCAGCCCGGAAAGCCUUUUGCACUGCCCUCUGGGGGCUGGGGCCGGGGCCAGCCAGACCCUGCCAGAAGCCAACUCAGGUGCACUCUCCAUGUUUUUCCAAGGUGGGGAGACAGAAAACGAGGAGACCCUCUCAUGUGAAAACACAGGCUCUGCUGCUCAGUCCGGCGGGGAUGGGUUCUUCCCCGGCCCUGGCCUGGGUCCUCCUCCUGCACAUGGUGGUGCAGGCGGCGUUUACCAAGCCUUCCUCAGAGGCCUGCGCAGCGAGACCACGCAGCAGGGAGGCGACACGCAGCCCUACUUUCCUUGGUCUGUGGGCACCCAGCGCGAUGAGCCAGCCGCUCGGAUCACUGCCGCAGAUCUGUGGGCCGACUCGGCAGGCGCAGGGCCUGGCGACACGGGGGGCUUGCACUGCGAGAAUGCGGAGAACUUGGAGUUUGCUCAGAACCAGGAGGUUCUCCCCAGUGAGCCCCCAGGUCUGGGUGCUUCCUCCCCAGGCAGUCAGCUCAGGUGUGGGCCACUUCCCGGGCCCACAGUCACCAGGCUCAGCGUCGCGGGCCACACUGGAGGCGGGGGCCCAAAUCCCGAGACCCCGGACACACCACUGUAUCCCGUGCGGUCAGAUAGCGUGUCGUCCAGUUACAGCAGCAAGAGCCACCGGAGUGUGUCCAGUGCUGCCCGGCCCCAGGACCUGGGCACCUUCAUCCAGCAGGAGGCUGGGAAACCUGAGGACGAGGCUUCAGGGAGCUUUUUUAAGCAGAUCGAUUCUUCUCCCGUGGGAGGCGAGACAGAGGAGACCACCGGGAGCCCUAGUUACCGCAGCAGCCUGUCCCAGCCCUUGACCCCAAGUCCCCCCAAACCUACAGGGGUAUUUCAGACAAGUGCAAAUAGUUCUUUUGAACCAGUGAGAUCCCACCUAGUUGGAGUAAAACCAGUCGAGGCAGACCGUGCCAAUGUGGUGGGGGAGGUGAAGGUGACCCACACCCCUCAGAAGCGGAGACCAGCUGCCUCACUGCCUGAUGCCUGCCCUGGCAACCUGGAACAGCCACCGGACAACAUGGAGACCCUCCUCCCACCCCAGGCCUGUCCUCUGCCUCCCACCACACCUGCCGAAGCUGGUCAUGGGCUUCCACGCCCUGGGGGGCAGCCCUUGGAGACUGUGUUUCUGACCCCUGAGAGGAGGCCCUCUGCCCGGGCCCAAGGGGUCAUGAAGUGUGAGAGCCCAGCAACGACUCUGUGGGCACAGAACGAGCUGCCAGACUUUGGGGGCAAUGUCCUUCUAGCCCCUGCUGCCCCUGCACUUCACGUGCCCGGGAAACCUCAGCCAUCAGAUGUGAUUCAGCCUCCGGAUGAGGGGGUGUCUGGUCAGCUGCCCCAGCAGCCGGGCUGCCUGCCCCCUCUGCAGAGUGGGGACAACAUUGGCGCCUCUGAGAACCUCGAGAACCCUCCCAAGAUGGGAGAAGAGGAGGCCCUUCCAUUACAGGCGAGGUCUGGUUAUGCCAGUCUGUUGUCCUCACCGCCCGCUGAGUCUCUGCAGAAUCAACCAGUCUUGAUUGCUCAGCCUGAUCAGAGUGCUAAUCUGGCCCAGCCCGUUCAUUUUCCCGUGUCCUUGUCGAGUGCUAAUGAGAAGGCUCAGUCCCAGAGAGACGCUCGGGUCGGGGACAGAUCUGCUGUGAGCAGCCAGGCUGUGGGGGGUGACUCUGGAGAAACCACGCCUCCUCUUUCUGGGGCUCCAGCCAGCGUUGCCAUCUGCUCACCUCUGCCCAGCAGUCUCACCCAGAGUAACUUUCCACAAACCUCUGGUGCCUCUGAAGUGGUUUCUACUCAACCUGCUAGUUUGCCGGUUCAGUCACCAUCUCAUCCGACUCUGAAAAACUUGCUUCCAGGGGGUCAGAAGACACACAGCUCUGAGAACCCUCCUCUGGAGUUGGUUAACAGCCCCGCGGGGCGCACAGGCUUCGUUCUGGUGUCGCCCGCCAACACCGCUCCGGGACCGCACAGUGAUAAGGCAGAUGGUCCCAGUGACCGGGAGGAGACCCCAGCAGCCCUGGACUUCACAUCGAACAGGACCUUAGAACACCCCGUGAGACUGUGUAGCCCAUCCCGUUCUGAAGGCACAGCCUCUCCUCACCUGACCUCCUCCAGUCGCCCCAGACAGCCUGGGCCUGGGGCGCACGACCCAGACCGUUUCUACCAACAGGUGGCGAAAGAUGCUCAGGAGCAGCGGGGCCUGGAGAGAGUCCAGCAGGGUCCAGCCCCUCCACCCCCGCAAGGGCCCAGAGCAGCACCCUCAGAGCCCUCCAACCCAGAAAGUCUGCCUCUGCAAGGAGAGCCCCCAAACUCCACAAGUUCGGCUCCAGCUGACCCGGCCCAGCAGCUGCUCCCUCGGCCGCCUCGGUCCUCCAGCGCGUCCCUCGUGUCCAGCAGCCCAAGCCAGGCAGCCAUGCAGCAGGGCCAACAGUGGGAGCAGCCCUCACCCCUGGACUUGGCAUCUUACUACUAUUACAGACCCCCGUACGACGGCUACCAGGCCCAGUACCCCUCCCCGUACCCACCGGACCCUGGCACCAUUCCUCUCUUCUACCAGGACUUCUACGGCCUCUACGAGCCCAGGUACAGGCCCUACGAUGGUGCGGCCCACGCCUACACCGACAACUACCGCCACCCCGAGCCCGAGCGGCCCAGCUCCCGCGCCAGCCACUGCUCAGACCGGCCGUCGGCCAGGCAGGGGCACCCGGAAGGCCACUCGAAUGCCGCACGUGGAUGGAGCAGCCAGAGUGACUAUUCCAGCUACUACUGCGGCCAGUACGAUCACGGAGUUGCAGAGCCGGCUCGCUGGGACCGGUACCCCUACGGCUCCAGGUUCAGGGAUCCCCGCCCCUACGACCGCAGUUACUGGUAUAAUGCGGACUAUGACCUGUACAGGAAGGAGAGCUACGCAUAUGCUGACAGGCCCGAGAGAUAUGACGACCCCUGGAAGUACGACCCUCGCUUCACGGGGAGUUUUGACGACGACCCCGAGCCCCCCCGGGACCCUUACGGGGACGACACGGACCGCCGCAGCGUGCACAGCGAACAAUCGGCGCAGAGCCUGCGCAGCGUGCCCAGCCGCCACAGCAGCUUCAGCGCCCACUCGCAGCAGAGUCGGGUCUACGCAAGCCGCAGUGUGACGCUGGGUCCUUACGAGGCCCCGCCUCCCCCAGGCUCCUUCCACGGGGACUAUGCCUACGACACCUACAUCGGCAAUUUCAGCGGCACCCAGGGCUUUGCAGAAUAUGGCUACCCUGCUGACGCCGGCUGGCCCACCGUGGGGCAAGCUCCCUCGAGGCCCACGUCUCCGGAGAAGUUCUCGGUGCCUCAUGUCUGUGCCAGGUUCGGCCCCGGGGGCCAGCUCAUCAGAGUGAUCCCUAACCUGCCUUCGGAAGGACAGCCGGCCUUGGUGGAGGUGCACAGCAUGGAGACGCUGCUGCAGCACCUGCCGGAGCAGGAGGAGAUGCGGGAGUUCCCGGGGCCGCUCGGCAAAGACGACACCCAUAAAGUGGAUGUUAUUAAUUUUGCACAGAACAAAGCCACAAAAUGUUUGCAGAACGAGAACUUAAUUGACAAAGAGUCUGCAAAUCUUCUUUGGAACUUUAUCAUUUUGUUGUGCAGACAGAAUGGGACCGUGGUGGGAACUGACAUUGCGGAAUUGUUGUUACAAGACCACAAAACGGUGUGGCUUCCUGGGAAGUCGCCCAACGAGGCCAACCUGAUCGACUUCACGAACGAGGCCCUGGAGCGAGCCGAGGAGGAGGAGGAGUCGGGGGAGGCCCAGCUCUCGUUCCUCACCGACAGCCAGGCUGCCGCCGCCGCCAGCACCCAGGAGAAGGAGACGGAGCGGUUCAGAGAGCUGCUGCUCUAUGGCCGCAAGAAGGAUGCUUUGGAGUCCGCGAUGAAAAACGGCCUGUGGGGUCACGCUCUGUUGCUCGCCAGUAAGAUGGACAGCCGGACCCACGCCCGCGUCAUGACCAGGUUCGCCAACAGUCUUCCCAUCAAUGACCCCCUGCAGACUGUCUACCAGCUGAUGUCCGGGCGGAUGCCUGCGGCGUCCACGUGCUGCGGAGACGAGAAGUGGGGGGACUGGCGGCCGCACCUGGCGAUGGUCCUGUCCAACCUGAGCCACAACGUGGAGGUGGAGUCCAGGGCGAUGGCCACGAUGGGCGACACGCUAGCCUCGAAGGGCCUCCUGGACGCUGCCCACUUCUGCUACCUCAUGGCCCAGGUCGGAUUUGGGGUUUACACGAGGAAAACCACAAAGCUUGUCCUGAUUGGCUCGAACCACAGUUUACCAUUUUUAAAAUUUGCGACCAAUGAAGCCAUUCAGAGGACAGAGGCCUAUGAGUAUGCUCAGUCCCUGGGGGCCCAGGCCGACCCCUUGCCCAGCUUCCAGGUGUUCAAGUUCAUCUACUCGUGCCGCCUGGCGGACAUGGGGCUGGCCACGCAGGCCUUCCACUACUGUGAGGCGAUCGCCAGGAAGGUGCUGUCACGGCCCCAGAGCCACUCCCCCGUGCUCAUCAGCCGGCUGGUUGAGGUUGCUUCUCAGUUACGGCUCUUCGACCCGCAGCUGAAGGAGAGGCCGGAGGAGGAGGCCUUCGCAGAGCCAGCCUGGCUGGUCCAGCUGCAGCGGGUGCAGAAGCAGGUCAAGGUGCGCGGGCAGCUCCCAGACACGGGGCUGGUGGAAACGUGUGGCCCUCACCCACAGUGCAAGGAGGGCGCUGCACUGUGGAGCCGGGACAUGGCCUCCCCCCAGCCCUGCCCCAGCACGCCCAGCUCCGAGGGGGGACCCCGUGAUGGCCUGCGGCUGGAGCAGCCCUUGGACCUGGGCACCGAGAAUCCGCUGCUGGCGCCGCCUGUGCCCAGCACCGAGCACCCUGGCCAGGGCGUGUGGCUGCUGCCCUCAGCUCUGCCGACGCUCCAGGAUGGCCAGCCCGCCUUCCCGGCCAGGGUGCCGAUGUUCCCAGUGUCACCUCUGGGCCCUGCUGAGCCGGGGCCUGGCCAUGGGCUCCCAGGGUCUGCACUUAGCUUUGCAGAGCCCUUGGCACCUGGCCUGCCACCCGGCACACCAUCUCUCCAGGACAGUGAGCUCCCACUGCGGGAGCCCAGGCCCCAGGACCCAGCAGCGGUGCUGCAGGACCCCCGUGGGAGAGACUCGCCGGCAGAGGGAAGAGAAGAGGAUUUCGGUGGCAGAUUCGAUGUGGGCUCCUCAAGGAUGCUGCUGAACUCCGAGGCCCCCCCAGUGUGGGGGGCCGCCAGCCCCGGUGCCCUGCAGCCCCCGUCUCUGCCACCUGCUCCCGAAGUGAAGAGCCCUGUACAAGCAACCAGAAAGGAGGCCAAGGAGCCCAAGAAGGGCGGCGAGUCCUGGUUCUCCUGGCUGAUCCGGAAGAAGAGGCCAGAAGCGUUUCUGCCGGAAGACACACACAAGUCGAUCGUUUGGGACCAGGAGAAGAACCGGUGGGUGGACACCAGUGAGCCAGAGGAGGAGAAGAAAGCCCCGCCCCCGCCUCCAGUGUCGCUUCCCAAGGCUCCGCAAGCUGCCGCCCCUGGGCCUGGAGGGCCCCCCAGAGCCUCUGUGAACAUGUUUUCCAGGAAAGCAGGCGGUACGCGCGCACGCUACGUGGACGUCCUAAACCCGGGUGGGCCCCAGCGAGCUGACCCAGCGCUGGCUCCCGCGGACCUCUUCGCCCCGCUUGCCCCGCUCCCGCUCCCAGCGCCCUUGUUUGGGCCAAACCCAGAGACAGAGGGAGCCCUGCCCUCAGAGGGGGCUGGCAGGGAGGGGCACGCCCCAGCUGGGGGUCCAGCCCAUCCAGAGCCUUCCUCGGAACCCAAGGUGGUCAGCUCAGCAGCCUCGCUCCUUGCGUCUGAUCCGGCCCCCUGCCCCGUGGAUGGCUCCUCGGGGGGCGAGCUUUCGCGCUGUAGCUCAAUGAGUUCCCUGUCGCGGGAAGUGAGCCAGCAUCUUAACCAGGCUGCCAGUGGCCAGCCCCCCGCCACAGGCGCCCCCGGGGCUGCUGUGCCCUUCUACAGCCCCACGCAGUUUGCACAGGCCUCUGCCACCUCAGGAAGUUCAAGGUCGGGGAGGAUUGGCCAAAGGAAAUACCCAGCGUUGAGAUAGACUGGCCCCUGUUCCGCAUUAGCCUUGGAUGCUCAGACUACUCUCCUUCGACCUCCCAUUCGAGCGAUGACGCCCAGCCCCUGUCGCCAAAGCCCAUCCAACAGCACCUCUGAGACCUGGAGCAAAGGACUGACCUCGGCUUCGAGCCUCGCACCUGCAAGGAUGUGUUGAGGAGACGCCUCUAGUCCCAUAGGAGUGACACAGCGAAUGACGCCCUAAAUGUGGCUGGGCUCUGCCGCAGGGUGGGCCUGGAACUUCAGGAACUGCGGCGUCUGUCUCUCGGAACCCAAUGCGAAUUGCUGCCAGGGCCGUCGUAGGGCUCUUCCGAGACACCAGAAGGAAGGAGGCGCCCAGCGCAGUGCUCCAUGGGUGGUCCCUCUGAGCGCUCUCGCGGGUGCAGUCACCUUAGCUGCCCUUCGGUCGGGUGGGGACGCCCUGGCCCCUGCAGCGCAUUUCUCUCCUGCAGCAGAGAUGUCCCUGGCAGCCCUGAGGCUUCUGUGGCCUGGGUGGCACCACAAGGGGUCUCCUGCAACCAAGGGACUCGCCCUGUCUGUCCACGAGGGAGGGGAGAGCCACCCCACACAACUUGGGUUCCACCUGUGACUGGUCCUCACUGGUCAGCCGGCACUGACACUGUGACCACCAUUUAUCAAUUCGGACCUUCCGAGGGCGUAGCUGGGCCACACGCGUGGGCGCACAGAGCAGCCGUGGGGCUGCCACACUCUGCACCCGGGUGCAGGUCCCGCAUGUGUCGUGGCUCUGGGGCCUGCCAGCCAACACGCCCCUCCACCUGGGUGACGCACGGUGGGGCUGGCCACAUCUGGAAGAAAGUGGCUUCGAACGGUUUUCCUGCCAGAAGCUCUAGGAGCUGAUACUUCUGCCCCUGGAUUUUUCCACACAGGCCCUUCCACAGUGAAGGUGGAGGUGCCCGGCCACAGGAGCCAGUGGGAGGCGCCCCCCUCACUGGACUCUGAGCUUUAAGGCUUCAUCGACUGUUCUUAAAACCACUCACGUUGUCGUUUGUUCCAAGGAGAUGAGUGAUUGAAGUAUUUAUAGAGAUCAUUAGGAGCUCCCUUCUCUGGUUCCGCUUGGUACCUCGGACCUCAGUGCAGGGUCCUGUAAGUGUGCGGUUGGCACCAGCCCUUCCCUCCUUCCUGGUUCACUUGAUCCCCUGGGAAAGGCCUCGGACUGUUCACACACCUGUGCGCCCCAGGACCAUGUUCUUCCGCAGGGAAAGGCCAGCCUCCUUGGGGGCCUCCCUGCGUCCCUGGGUCAGUGGGUGUGAUUCCCAGGCCGAGGCCUCCUGGGCCCUGCAGGCCCCCCAGCCCAUUUUUCUGUUAGUGACUUUUGAUUCAAGACGCUUCCUGCAGGUGGGAGCUGUUAUUUUUCCUAAAUGCUGAUUGUUACACUGCAAAUUGUUAAAUAAAUAAAAAUAUUUUGGGCUCGGA